CUCUCUUACUAAACAUCAAUCUUUGCACACUUCCAAAAUAGGUUGCCAUGACCACUCCCAAAUUAUAUGCAAGUGAACUUGGGUCUUGUACACACAAUUCAUUCCCAUUCAACAAGCCACAACCACCACAAAAGCACUCCUCCCACAUCAUCAAAUGCUCCCUCCACACCCCCACACUCCACUUCCCUAAACAAUCCUCCACUAUCUCCUCCCCUCAAAAACAAACUCCCCAAUGGAACAUCCUACAAAAGGCCGCCUCCACGGCCCUGGAGGCCGUCGAGGCCGCCCUCACCGCCCACGAGCAGAAACACCCCCUCCCGAAAACCGCUGAUCCCCGGGUCCAAAUCGCCGGGAACUUCGCCCCGGUUCCCGAGCAGCCCGUGAGGCACAACCUCCCCGUGGUCGGAAAAAUCCCGGACGCCAUCCGCGGCGUCUACGUCAGAAACGGCGCGAACCCACUCUUCGAGCCGGUGGCCGGGCACCACUUCUUCGACGGCGACGGCAUGAUCCACUCCGUCCAAUUCCAAAACGGCGCGGUUAGCUAUGCGUGCCGGUUCACCGAGACGCAGCGCCUCGUCCAGGAGCGCUCCCUUGGCCGGGCCAUUUUCCCCAAGGCCAUUGGCGAGCUCCAUGGCCACUCUGGCAUAGCGAGGCUCCUCCUCUUCUACGCCCGCAGCCUCUUCCGCCUCGUCGACCCCACCCGCGGUACCGGCGUCGCCAACGCCGGCCUAGUCUUCUUCAACAACCGCCUUCUCGCCAUGUCCGAAGACGACCUCCCUUACCACGUCAGAGUCACCUCCUCCGGUGACCUCAAAACCGUCGGCCGUUACGAUUUUAACGGACAGCUCGAUGGAACAAUGAUCGCUCAUCCUAAAAUUGACCCGGCCACCGGGGAAAUGUUCGCCCUGAGCUACGACGUCAUCCGGAAGCCUUACCUCAAAUACUUCCGCUUCCAGAAAAAUGGUGAAAAAUCGGAAGAUGUCGAAAUUCCGGUGGCGGAGCCGACAAUGAUGCACGACUUCGCCAUCACGGAGAAUUUCGUGAUCAUCCCCGACCAGCAGGUGGUGUUCAAGCUGUCGGAGAUGAUCCGGGGCGGCUCCCCGGUCGUCUACGACAAAAACAAGACAUCCAGAUUUGGCGUACUGAAUAAGUACGCCAAAUCUGCGAGUGGGAUUAACUGGGUCGAGGUGCCAGACUGCUUCUGCUUCCAUCUCUGGAAUGCAUGGGAGGAGCCGGAGACUGACGAGGUCGUCGUCAUCGGCUCCUGCAUGACCCCGCCAGACUCCAUCUUCAACGAAAGCGACGAGGGAUUGAAGAGCGUUUUAUCCGAAAUCCGACUAAAUUUGAAGACCGGAAAGUCGACAAGGCGGCCGAUCAUGUCCGAGCCCGAUCAGGUCAACCUCGAGGCCGGCUUGGUCAACCGGAACAGGCUCGGGAGGAAGACUCGCUACGCCUAUCUCGCCAUCGCCGAGCCCUGGCCUAAAGUCUCUGGUUUCGCAAAAGUCGACUUGUUAACCGGGCAAGUCGAAAAAUUCUUUUAUGGAGACGAGAAAUACGGAGGCGAGCCUCAAUUCCUCCCGGUCUCGUCCUCCUCUGAGGACGAGGCCGAGGACGAGGGCUACAUUCUUGCCUUCGUGCACGAUGAAAAGAAUUGGAAAUCCGAGCUACAGAUUGUGAAUGCAAAGACGAUGAAGCUAGAGGCGACCGUUAAGCUUCCUUCGCGAGUUCCUUAUGGAUUUCACGGUACAUUCAUCGCGGCGAAGGACUUGGCCGGACAGCUUUGAUUUGGCCGGAAUUAGGAGAUUUUCAAACAGUAGAGAAUUGCCUGAGGGAUGGCUGCGAUGCGUCCCCGGAAUCUUGCUGCUGUGGUGAAGAAGAGCCCUCCAUUUGUUCAUGUGGAAGAGGCUUAAUUAGAUUAAUUUGGAAUGUUUUUUUUUAUUUUUGUUGAAAUUUAAUGUGGGGGGGUUUUAGGAGAAAGCAGCUUGUAGCUUUGGGGUUAUGGAAGCUCAGCUGUUUACUGCUUAUUCUUUCACAUUUUGUGUGCAAAUCUCAUAUUUUUAAUGAUUUUACACAGUUUUUACACA